AUGUCUCAAUUCAGCGAAAAGGAGCUUCAGCUCAUGGCCGCCAUGGUCAAGAACUUCGAAGGCAGCAUCACCGCCUUCGUUAACUGGGACCAAGCAGCUCUUGACUCGGGCUAUCAGGACUCUAGGAACGCGAAGGUCAUGUGGGGCCGUCUGGCCAAGAAGCUCGCCACUGCUCCCGCCGCUCCUGCCGCUGACGGAGACGACGACAAUGCCGGCGAGGGUUCUACUGCUCUUACUGCAACUCCCACUAAGGCUAGCAAGAAACGCAAGGCUGCUGGCACUCCUCAAGCUGACAGCACCCCUGCCAAAGCCCGUCGUUCUACUAAGAAGGCCAAGAGCUCUGGAGGCCUGGUCGACCAGCUCAACGCUAAGAAUGAGGCUGCUGCUGCUAACGUCAAUCCCGAGGGCCGUUCAAGCGAAGCCGAAACCUUGAUUGAGCAGUAA